AUGGAAAUAAAUCAAGGACAAGAAGAAGUUUUCCAAUUGGAGAAAAGGAAUAAUAUAUUGAUGAAGCUGACCUCCUCUCCUUAUAAAUAUAAGACCCCUCAUUAUUUGAAGACCAUCCAGAAUCAUCCACAAUCAUCCAGAAAUCCUCUGCAAACACCUAGAGCAAUCAUUACUCUUUUCUUCUUUGUUCUCUUUAUUUUCCAAUUCCGUCUCGUCGAGGACUGUUCGACGAGACCUCCUCUUUAUAAUUGCAUACUUCAUCUCGCCAAGCCUAUUUGGCGAGAGCACCAUCGUUGUAGUCCUUUGAUAUUUCUUCGAGUGAAAGUUCUCAGUUCCCAAAAAACUCAAUCUUUGAUACCCACUCUUAAGUGUGCUAUCUCAGAUCUAACAAUUUGCGCCCCCCAUGGGGCUGGGAACGCUUCUCACUUUCAAACUCAAAGAAGUUCUAGGAUUAUAAGAAGACAGCAGAUUUCAAACUUAGAAGAAAACACUCCCGACAGGAGCCCUCGCCGAAACCGGAAGGAUCCUGACGAUGAGAGAGACCUAGCAACGGUCAAGAAGGCCCUACGCCGAGAUGAGAAGAGCCCAUCUCGUCGGUCGACCUUGCCGACUCGAGGGGAAACACUGUUUCCCUCCCCUCGUUGCGGCAAAAGAAGACCUUGCCGACUCAAGGGGAAACCAUCUCGCCAUGACAAUAUCCUCAAGGCGAUUCGGACGCUCAUAAAGCCACUAACCGAGGGCUUCAAAGAGAUGCGAGCCCAGCAAAAGAAGAUCCAGAGCAGGUCGAUGCCCUGGCCCAAGAAGACGACGAGGAACCGUUGGACCCCGCUGCCACGACGACCAAUGGAACCGCUAAUUUUCCCGCACGAGUUAGCAGACGAGCAGUCUUAG